UCGAGUGCUUGUGAUUAUACAGUAUUCACAGAUGGCCUGCCGGACAAGUUUUCAAUGAAUAUUAUAGGUCUUUACAGUCAAAUGCCCAAAUUCACGGCAAUUAUGGAUAUAAUUCGUUUGUUAUGGAUAACACGGAUUGUGUGGGCUGUUGAAGAUGUGUUGAUGGACUCCACGACGGCAACGGCAGAGCUGGGCUGGAUGAUAUAUCCAUCAUUGGGGUGGGAAGAGGUGAGUGGCUAUGACGAGAACAUGAGCACCAUUCGCACCUACCAGGUGUGCAACGUCUUCAAUGGCAACCAGAACAACUGGGUGCGCACCAAAUUCAUCAAACGGCGAGGAGCCCAACGGAUCCACGUGGAGAUGAAGUUCUCUGUGCGAGAUUGCAGCAGCAUCCCGAACGUCACCGGCUCUUGCAAAGAGACUUUUAAUCUGUACUACUUCGAGGCUGACAGGGACGAAGCCACCAAGGUGUAUCCCGCCUGGAUGGAGAACCCUUGGACCAAGGUGGACACCAUCGCGGCCGAUGAGAGUUUCUCCCAGGUGGACCUGGGUGGCCGUGUGAUGAAGAUCAACACGGAAGUACGCAGCUUCGGUCCGGUGUCCCGAAGAGGCUUCUAUUUGGCCUUUCAGGAUUACGGAGCAUGCAUGUCGCUCAUCGCCGUGAAGGUUUUCUAUCGCAAAUGCCCCCGAGUUGUUCGGAAUGGGGCCAUCUUUGAGGAGACCUUGUCAGGUGCGGAGAGCACCUCUCUGGUGUCCGCCCGGGGCAGUUGUGUCCCUAAUGGAGAGGAAGUGGAUGUUCCCAUUAAACUGUACUGCAAUGGAGAUGGGGAGUGGCUGGUUCCUAUCGGGCGCUGCGUGUGCAAGGCAGGGUAUGAGUCUGUGGACAAUGGGACCGUUUGUAGAGCAUGUCCAUCUGGGUCCUUCAAAGCAUCUCAAGGGGACCAGCAAUGUCUCCAGUGUCCCAUCAACAGUCGCACCACCAAUGAGGGUGCAACCAACUGUGUGUGCCGCAGUGGACACUACCGUGCAGACUCUGACCCUCUACAGAUGCCCUGUACCACGGUUCCGUCUGCACCCCAGAGAGUGAUUUCUAGCGUGAACGAGACUUCCCUGCGGCUGGAGUGGGAUCCACCGAAAGAGAGCGGAGGCCGGGAGGACGUGGUCUACAACAUCAUCUGCAAGAGCUGUGGUUCUGGGAGAGGGGCCUGCACACGCUGCGGUGACAAUGUGCAGUUCGUGCCCCGCCAACUGGGCCUGACCGAUCCCCGGGUCUAUAUCAGUGACCUGCUGGCCCACACGCAGUACACGUUUGAGAUUCAGGCUGUGAAUGGAGUGUCUGACCAGAGUCCCUUCUCACCUCAGUUCACUGCUGUCAACAUCACCACAAACCAGGCCGCUCCAUCUGCUGUGUCAAUCAUACAUCAGGUCAGUCGAACUGUGGACAGCAUCACACUGUCCUGGUCCCAGCCAGACCAGCCCAAUGGAGUCAUUUUGGACUAUGAGCUGCAGUAUUAUGAGAAGAAUACGGCAGAGUCGAACUCCUCUCUACUGCGGAGUCAGACUAAUACAGCGGUUAUCCGGGGCUUGAAGCAGGGGACCAUCUACGUCUUCCAGGUGCGGGCCAGAACAGUGGCAGGCUUUGGACGUUUAAGUGGGAAGAUGUACUUCCAAACAAUGACUGAAGAGGAGUACAGGUCCAGCCUGCAGGAGAAGCUGCCCCUCAUUAUCGGCUCUGCUGUUGCUGGUGUUGUUUUUCUCAUCGCUGUGGUUGUGCUCAUUAUCGUCUGUAACCGGAGAGGCAGUGACAGGACAGAAUCUGAAUACACUGACAAGCUUCAGCAUUACACCAGCGGCCACAUGUCUCCAGGAAUGAAGAUCUACAUUGAUCCUUUCACAUAUGAGGAUCCCAAUGAGGCAGUGCGUGAGUUCGCCAAAGAAAUAGACGUGACCUGUGUGAAAAUCGAGCAAGUCAUUGGUGCAGGUGAGUUUGGAGAGGUAUGUAGCGGUAAUCUCAGGCUUCCUGGGAAGAGGGAGAUUCUGGUGGCCAUUAAGACUCUGAAAUCAGGCUACACUGAGAAGCAGCGGCGGGACUUCCUGAGCGAAGCCAGCAUCAUGGGGCAGUUUGACCAUCCCAACAUCAUCCACCUGGAAGGAGUGGUGACCAAGAGCACUCCAGUAAUGAUCAUCACUGAAUUCAUGGAGAACGGAUCACUGGACUCCUUUCUUCGGCAAAAUGAUGGCCAGUUCACUGUCAUUCAGUUGGUUGGCAUGCUGCGUGGCAUUGCAGCUGGCAUGAAAUACCUCUGUGACAUGAACUACGUACAUCGUGAUCUGGCUGCUCGCAACAUCCUGGUUAACAGCAAUCUAGUCUGCAAAGUAUCCGAUUUCGGGCUUUCUCGCUUUCUGGAAGAUGACACAUCAGAUCCUACAUACACAAGCACCCUGGGAGGGAAAAUUCCAAUACGAUGGACUGCUCCCGAGGCCAUUCAAUACAGGAAGUUCACGUCCUCGAGUGAUGUGUGGAGCUAUGGGAUCGUAAUGUGGGAGGUCAUGUCCUAUGGAGAGCGACCAUACUGGGACAUGAGCAAUCAAGAUGUAAUAAAUUCAAUCGAGCAGGAUUAUAGGUUACCUCCUCCUAUGGACUGUCCAAAUGCACUGCACCAACUAAUGUUGGACUGCUGGCAGAAGGACCGAAACAACCGUCCGAAGUUCAAUCAGAUUGUUAACUCUCUGGAUAAGAUGAUCCGUAAUCCUGGCAGCCUGAAGGCCACCACUCCUCUCUCUUCAGGCGUACAUCUACCUCUGCUGGACCGCAGCACACCAGACUUCUCCAGCUUCAGCACAGUGGAUGAAUGGCUGGAUGCCAUCAAAAUGGGCCAGUACAAGGAGAACUUUGCCAACGAAGACCUCACUACCUUUGAAGCCGUGUCUCAGAUGAAUAUGGAUGACAUUGUGAAGGUGGGAGUCACACUAGCAGGCCACCAGAAGAAGAUUUUCAACAGUGUGCAGAUGAUGCGAGCUCAAAUGAACCAGAUCCAGUCAGUGGAGGUUUGAUUCUUAAAAGUGGAGGAUGGGACCAGUCUGUGCACACCAGACCCUUGUGGACCUCCAGAGCCCAGCAGUAGUCACUUUAUCUAGGGAUGAUCAAGAGCAGAUCCCCACAAGACCGCUAUGGUCUCGGUACUGCACCAGCACACUGAAGGCAACCUGUAGUCUUUGCAAUAGCCAAAUUAAUCCUUUAAAUUGGCUGCAUUUACAUGCAAAUUUAUAUUCCAGUAUUAUCUCUGACAUUGCAGUGUAUCUGAUAAACCACAUAAAAACCUCUUAUGUCUUUUGGAAUUUUAGUAUAUCUGUCAUUUAAUAGACAAUUAAGAAUACAUUUAUAAUUUAAGGUGGCCACCUUGUCAAAUAUACCAUUUGCAUUAAAAUUAAUAGCCUUUUAUAUGUAAAUUUCUUGCUCUAAGCAGCUUUCUCUAUUGUUACAUCAUGAAAUGUGCUAAAUCACCUGCCAGGUAACUAUUUUUGCUCAA